AGCUCUGCAGCACAUAAUGCUGUGUGUUUGGGCUGUUUCACCGUGCUUCCUUAAACGGCGCCAUGGACUUUUACGCGCUUCAAGACAGCCUUCAGCGUGGCGCACACGUCGGCUACUCGUCGGACCUAGUUCCGAUUGAGUCCCGCUACGCCUUCCUCGAUAAGAUUGGAAGCGGCUCCUACGGCGACGUGUGGAGAACCACUCGCCGCAACGGCAGCAAAGACCUCUACGCCGUGAAGCGAAUUGACAAGCGCGCUGCUGGGACGAAGGGGCUGCGGAGUGUAAUGGGUGAAGUGGAGACGAUGAGUCUGCUUUCGCACCCGAACAUUGUGAAAUUGGAAGAAACGUACCAAGACGACGCGUACUUGUGGAUCGUGAUGGAGUAUUUGCCAGGUGACUCGCUACAGCACCGCCUGGACCGCGAACGCGUCUCGGAAGCCGAGGCACGGCGUUUCGUGACGCAGCUGCUGAUGGCCGUGGAGUACAUCCACGACAAGGGCAUCGUGCACCGCGACUUGAAGCCCAGCAACUGCCUCCUUUCACAAAACGAUCUGGUGGUGAAAAUAUCCGACUUUGGGCUGUCGGUGUUGGCAGGCAACGAGCAGUGUUUGACGACGCGGUGUGGCACGCUGCAUUACAUGGCCCCUGAAAUUCUACGAGACACGCAUUACGGAAAACCCGUAGAUAUGUGGGCGAUGGGGGUCAUGGCACAUGUGAUGUUCCUCGGCGAGUAUCCGUUUAAAGGACGUACAGAAUCGGCGCUCUCUCGCGAGAUCUGCCGCGGCUACCGCCCACAGGACGACAACACGCACGGCAGCUCCAGCACCGCACCGAAAUGCCCACCUCUUCUGCAGGACUUUAUUCACCGGCUUUUGACUUCCGACCCGCAUCGACGCAUGACCGCUACCGAAGCGCUGAAGCACCCAUGGGUCAAAGCCGGCAUGGAACUCAGCCAACAGGCUUCGCUAUCCACUGCCCACAUGUCCUCCGCCAGCUUCUCAAGGCUGGCCGAGCGCUGGCGUGCAGCCGUGCUGGCUGUCAUCGCGGCUCAACGGCUUCUCUACUUUUACAAGGUGAAGCGAUUGGAUAAGCUAGGCUACGGCGACUUCCCCAUUCUUCGUGACCACCACUAUUUGGUGACGGGACAGUAUGAGCCGCCUGGCGACUCAUUGAACUGUAGCAACAUGUUCCAUACCCGCCCGAUGGCACUGCUGGAGUUGGUGGCGAUGAUCAACACCUGCACUUAUCUGCGCCACGUUGACUUCAGCUGGAACAACAUCCGCAGUCUCUCGGUGAUUCAGGCGUUUCUUAAGGUGACCAUGAAGCACCCGUCGCUGCGCUCCAUCGACUUGUCGCACAACCCAAUCCCAGCUGUGGCAGGGCGCGCCCUGGUCCGUCUUGCCCGCAACCCCCUUUCCCACGUGACCACCAUCAACGUCGGCGACACGGGCAUCCGUGCGGAGACCAUAAGCCAAAUCAACAGCUUUCUGAAGGAAAAACUGGCGCCACCUGCCCUUUCGCACAGCUCCUCCGUGGCGGAUUUGACGAGCAGAAGUACCUCCCAAAGCCCAGGCGACUCCAUCUUUUCCUCCAACAGUACAGCGUACGGCUUCCGGCAGAAGCGAGGCGCGCUGCAGGUGGUGCCACGACGAUCGGAUGGCCGAAACUCUCGCAUACCGCGUCUUCCCCCCAUCGCUCGACUGCCCCCGGUGCGCCACAGCGAUAAAACCUCGUGA